AUGUUUGUUGGACAUAUUCUUUUGGUUAAUUAUCUUCUAUCAAUUUGUUUCAUUCAAAUUGCUGCUUCCAACAACAACAACGAAUUGGGCAAAGAGGAAGACAAUGGUUUAGGCUCGAAUGUGUUCAAAGAAAGGGUGAAGAGAGGAGAAGAAACACAAGGGUCUAUUAAUCCAAUAAUUAUUAUUGGAAUAUUGGCUUUCUUGGGUAUUUGUAUUGGCUCUAUAAUUGGCUACUUCUUAGUCCGCCGCUAUAACCGGAAGAAAGCUGAGCUCGCCAAAAGAAAGCGUCAUCAUCAACGUCUACUGGCGUUACACAAGGAUUUAGCCCAGAAAAGGAUUGGAAGUAAAGAAGUUGUAGUUAAAGAUGAAGUUAAGGAUGAAGUUAAAGAAGAUAAGGAUAAAGAUGGUGAAGAUAAUAGUAGGAUGACUCUCAUAUAA